AGGAUAACUCGAGGUCCUUAUAGACAUGGUACUAGCCAGCGAGUUUGAUAUAGCAAAACGAAUACACAGAAAUACUUCUACAAAAAUCGUGUCUUUCAAUCAUCAUUUCCACCAUCGUCCACCUGAACUUGAUCGAAAAGUAAGCUACAAAAAUGCCUCCACCCAAAAACGGUCGUCCACCAGCCGGUCCUCGUUCAGACUUCUUGGGCUGGGAUGAAUAUUUUAUGGGCAUCGCGUGUCUCUCCAGUUUCCGCAGCAAGGAUCCUAGGACUAAGGUCGGCGCCUGCAUCGUGGAUCCCAUGCGGCGGAUAGUGGGCAUCGGCUACAACGGAUUUCCGCAAGGCUGCCCAGACGAUUCAUUACCAUGGACAGGGGGGGAAGAGGGGGAAUGGUAUUAUAAGUAUAACUUUUGAUCAUUGUUGAUGUCGUGACAUUCGAUCUUGAUUGGGAUGCUCAUGACACUCUACGUCGACUUGAUCUACCUCAUUUUGUUGAUGUAGCGUCGUUAUCGACGUAGUUUGUCGUUCACAAGAACUACAUUACGAUUACCCCAACUACUUACAUCAACAUGAAUAUUAUCAAUUUCAAGCAUCCAGGUUAUCAACCAAAUACCCCUACGUGGUUCCCGCUGCCAUCAACGCCAUACUGAAUAGCCCGCACAAUCAAGUGGAGAAUUGUGUCCUCUACACCACUCUUUUUCCGAAUGAUGAGUGUUGCAAGAUGAUAGUCCAAGCAGGCAUCUCAAGGGUCGUUUAUGGCGACGACAAGUAUCACCACCGUGACGCCUGGGUCGCUGCGCGGCGGAUCUUGGACGUGGGGGGAGUAGAAGUAAUGAGCUUGAAGGAGCUUCUGGAUAAAGAUCAUGGCAAAGUUCGUCCUAAGGCUUCUUCUGUUAAGACGAAAACACCAGAUGCCGAUCUUCAAUCUGGAGGAGCAACAUCAUCCACAUCACUCGCCAAAGAGGUCAUGCUAGCAAGCGGCUGGGGCAUAGCAACAGCGAUAAUCACGCAUGUGGGGCUAACUCUUGCUCAAAAAAGUGGAAUGGUAGCUGGUCAAUCACAGCUUAUGCUAGACAUGCAGAGGGCACUUUUCGAAAGGACGCGACAAACAGGAACGAGUUUACCCUUCCACUAGCAAGUCGUUUUUUGAACUCUGGUCUCUGUUCGCGAAGCGGACAACACUAUCGUAUCAUGGGAUGUACAGCUAAGUGUAAGUGUUACGAAAAAAUAUAUCUUCUAUG